AUGCAACGCAUUGAGUGGAAUAAUCGGGCAAUCUCAACUGUCCAUGCCCUUUUUAUCACAGCUAUGUCAUUGUACUUGGUGUUUUGGUCAGAUCUUUAUUCUGACCAACAGCUCAACGCUUUUGUUACGUUGCAGAGCUCCCCGCUGUCUACAUUUGCCUUGGGGGUCUCAGUUGGGUACUUUCUAACUGACCUUGGGAUGAUCUUUUGGUUUUACCCUGCUCUUGGUGGACUGGAGUAUGUGGUUCAUCAUCUUCUUUCUGUAGCAUCAGUAGCAUAUGCCAUGUUGACUGGGGAGGGACAGCUUUAUACCUACAUGGUUCUUAUCUCUGAGACAACCACCCCUGGUAUCAACUUGAGAUGGUAUCUUGACACGACUGGAAUGAAGGGGUCUAGAACAUAUUUGAUUAAUGGGGUUGUAAUUUUCAUUGCUUGGCUGGUUGCCAGAAUACUCCUGUUCAUGUAUCUGUUCUACCAUCUGUACUUGCACUAUCAACAGGUUAAGCAAAUGCACAUAAUUGGGAAAUUUUUAGCUUUCGGAGUGCCACCAAUCCUAGCGGUCAUGAAUGUGAUGUGGUUUGGCAAGAUUUUCAAGGGCUUGAAGAAGACAUUAGCAAAGAGUCACAUUUUGAGCCGGGAAGCGGCAAGCACUUGUGUUCUUCCCACCGCCUUACCAGUCAUGUACAGCGGAGCCUUCAUGUAA